AUGAAGAUUGCUUGUCCAUCAACAUUUGGGCCCCAAGUACUUCUCGUCUUUACGAGUAUAUUCUCCUACCUGCCGUACUUUCCUAUUGCUGGGAUCGAUGAAGAUUGCUUGUCCAUCAACAUUUGGGCCCCAAGUACUUCUCGUCUCAAGAAAGGGCGGGACAUCAAUCCCUGUAUACGAGGCACUAACCUGGUCGAAAACCAGGAUAUCAUAGUGGCUGAACUUAACUACCGCGUGACAAUAUUUGGCAAUCCAAACUCCCCAUACUUGGCUUCCAAGGGCGGGGCAGCCAAUGUCGGGCUUCUGGAUCAGCGCUUCGCUAUUGAAGCGCUGGUUCAAUCAGUUGCGGGCUACCUUCCGUUUGCAUACCCGAAAAACCCGAUUGUUACUGGGAUUGGGAAUUUCACCGAUCUCGCCAGCGUAGUGGGAUGUGCACCAGGAAACACGAGCGACAAGCAGAUCUUCGAAUGCAUGCAGAAUGUACCCUGGAAGACACUCACAGAUUAUAUCGCUGGCCACCCUGAAAAGAGCUACUUUUUCCGUAUUGUCGCGGACGGUAUUACUGCGUUCAGCGACAUCCCUGCUAGGAUUGCAGCUGGAAAGCUCGCAAAAAUCCCUCAAUUUAACGGCCAGCUCGACAACGAAGCUGACUCGCUCAUUCCGUCCAGUCCUAGCGGCAUAGACCAGGCUACUUCGGAUGCAUUCGGCCAUUUUCUCCUGGUCUGUCCCGCAGCGAAAGAGGCCCGCUCCGUGUUGACGCUGGGCUCAGAACUUUCCGAUACCGCUACUCUGGCAUCUACCCUAACCUUACCCCCUACCCCUUUAUUCGCAGUUAUCAUACCUCGGAUCUACCUAUGUGGUUUGGCUCAGUUAACACGAUUCCAGGGCUCAGGAGACGGCUACUGCCGGGCAGAAGAAACAGUCUGCGCACAUGCAAGGGCUUUGGCGGCGUUUACUAAGGACCCUGAGCAAGGUUUGAUUAAGUACGGCUGGCCACUCUAUCAGGGCAACAAGGGCAAGACCUUGGUUCAUUUGGACCCAAGAAACAGCUCUGAAACUCGUUGUAUUUGA